AUGCACACCGCCCGUGUAGGGAACAGCAGCAACAACAACUGCAGCAGCAGCAACAACAGCCGCAGCUGGAGCAGCAACAGCAGCACAAGCAGCAGCAGCAGCAACAGCAAAACUAGCAGCAGCUGCAGCAGCAGUAACAGUACAACAAACACAACCAGCAGCAGCAAGAGGAGCAUUCGCCUCAUCAACAGCAGCAGCAGCAGCAGCAGCAGCAGCAGCAACAACAACGAAAUGUAUAUAUAUGUGUAUGCAUGCGUGCAGGCGUCUGCUGCUGACGGUGCGGUGUAUAGGCAGCAGCAGCAGCAGCAGCAGCAGCAGCAGCAGCAGCGGCAGCAGCUGCAGCAAGUAGUGGAGACGUUUUCUAUUGGGGGGGAGAGGCCAGCAGUGAAGGUUUUGUGGGCGGACAGCAGCAGCAGCUGGGAGGCAGCAGACACAGUCGCACACUUGCUGCAGCAGCAGCAGCAGCAGCAGCAGCAGCAGGAGCAGGAGCAGCAGCAGCAGCGGCGGCAGCAGGAAGAGCAGCAGCAGCAGCAGCGACAGCAACAGCAGAUUAAGCUGCAGCUGCAACAGCAACAAAAACAACACAGACUGCAACUGCAGCAACAAAAAAGAAUGCAGCAGCAACAGCAGCAGCAGCAGCAGCAGCAGCAGCAACAGCAGCAGCCAGAUGCUGCAGUAAACGCAAAGACAACGAAAAGGAAAACAAACCCUAAACCCUAA